AUGAGAUACUCAGCUGCAGUUUUGGGGAUUGUUUUUACAUUGAUUUCUUGGGAUGGAGUAAAUUCAAAUGCCACCCAUUGUAAGGCAGAGGAGAGGGAAGCCCUUCUGGACUUCAAGCAAUCUCUCACCGAUCCUUCCAACCGCCUCUCUUCCUGGGUUGGUGAGGAUUGCUGCAGCUGGACAAGAGUUCGCUGCCACAACACCACUGCCCAUGUCAUCCAUCUCAACCUCUCCAAUCCAAUAUUCCUUAUUGAUGAGGAGGAUGGGUAUUACUACUAUGAUCCUGAGUCUUUGGUUGCUGCGCAGAAGUGGUCCAGUUUGGGUGGGAACAUAAGCGGCUCUUUGCUGCAAUUGAAACAUCUUCAGCAUCUGGACUUGAGUCUCAAUCAUUUUCAGGGACUUCAGAUUCCACAGUUCUUUGGUUCCCUCCCCAAUCUCGCUUAUCUUAACCUUUCUUCUGCGGGAUUUGUGGGCGCCAUUCCUCCUCAACUUGGGAAUCUUUCAAGCUUGCAUUAUCUUGAUCUUAGAAGGAAUUAUGAUUUGUACGUUGCAGAUGAUGUAAGAUGGAUUUCUCAUCUCUCCUCAAUUGAAUUCCUCGACAUGAGCUCUGUCAAUCUCAGCCGGGCAUCUAAUAAUUGGCUUCAGGCAAUGAACAUCCUCCCUUCCUUAUCCACGUUGAUCUUGAGUGAAUGUUCCCUCAGCCAUAAUCUUCCUCUUUCUCAUGUCAAUUUUUCUUCCCUUUUCGCUCUUGAUCUCUCCGAUAACUCUUUCAUGAAUUCUUCCACAUUUGGAUGGCUCUCCAGUCUCACUUCUCUUGUUUCACUUAAUCUGCGUGGCGCCUAUUUUAUAGAGGGUUCAAUUCCAAUAUAUCUUCAGAACACGUCCACUACUCUUCAAUCCAUGGACCUUUCUGAUUGCAAUUUGAACUCUACCACACCGAACUGGUUUUCUGGUCUCUCUUCUAUUGUUUCCCUUGAUCUGAGUUAUAACCGAAUUCCUGGUUUGCUUCCCGCCCCUCUACGGAACCUAACUACUCUUCGGUUCCUUAAUCUUGCUGAUAACCAAUUCAACUUUGCAAUACCAGAGUGGUUGUACGACAUGACCGACCUCCAAAGUCUCGAUCUUUCUUCCAAUCAUUUUCCAGGAUCAAUUUCUGGUGCUAUUGGCAACCUGACAUCACUCACAAUACUCGAUCUUUCUUCCAAUAAUUUUCAAGGAUCAAUUUCUAGUGCUAUUGGCAACCUGACAUCACUCACAAUACUCGAUCUUUCUUCCAAUCAUUUUCAAGGAUCAAUUUCUGGUGCAAUUGGCAACCUGACAUCACUCACAAAACUCCGGUUAUCUGGCAAUAACUUUGAAGGAUGGAUUCCGACAUCCUUAGGAAACCUCUUCAAUUUGAGAGUUUUAGAUUUGGCGAGGAACCAACUCAGUGGAGACAUUUCUGAAAUUUUUGGAGAUUAUUCAUUCGAUUCGUGCGCCAAGGAAACACUGGGGUCAGGCCAAUUGCCCAAGCAUUUCGGAGAAUUGAAAAGUUUGUCCAUGCUUGAUAUUUCCCGCAACUCCAUUUCAGGCCCACUUCCAAUGUCUAUAGGGAAAUUAUCAUCCUUGAGGGUCAUUGAUAUUUCUUCCAAUCUUUUCAAUGGGAGUAUUCCAGAAACUCUUGGGAGUCUCUCUAAAUUAGAAAGUGUGUACAUCUCUAACAAUUCCUUGGAAGGCACCAUUUCAGAAGUUCACUUUGCAAAUCUAACAAGACUGAAGGAUUUCUUUGCUGAUUCAAACCCAUUGGCCUUGAAAAUAAGCCCCAAUUGGAUUCCUCCAUUUCAACUCCGUCUAAUUUCACUGAGCUUAACUCAUAUGGGACCUCAAUUAUUUCCUUCAUGGCUUCAAACACAGAGGGAAUUGGAUUUUUUACACCUAUCAAAUGCUUCAAUAUUAGGUGUAAUCCCAACUUGGCUUUCCAAUAUGUCCCAACUUUCCGAUGUGGAUCUGUCUCAGAAUCAGAUCCAAGGCCCGUUGCCUCCUAUGCCUGCUACACUAAGCCAUUUAGAUCUUUCAAAUAAUUACUUGAAUGGAUCUCUUGUUCCCUUCUUGUGCAAUAAAAUGGUAGAUCUGGAAUCUAAUUUAUACCAUUUAGAUCUAUCAAAAAAUUUUUUAUCCGGAGAAAUUCCUGAUUGUUGGAUGAAUUGGAAAAAUUUAUUGACAUUGCGAUUGGACAACAAUAAUUUGGUAGGAAAAAUACCAAGUUCCAUGGGUUCUCUAACUUUGCUUGGAUCACUACACUUGAGCAAGAACAAGCUCUCUGGAAACUUGUCCACCACAUUGCCAAGUUUUCAUUAUUUGCAAGUUUUGGAUCUUAGUGAAAAUAAAUUUUCUGGAAGAAUACCGUUAUUGAUAGGAGAAAGCCUACCCCAACUUCGAGUCCUUAUUCUUCGAACAAAUAAGUUGAGUGGCAGUAUUUCCAUCUAG